AUGGAGGUGGAGGAAUUGCUUUGCAUGAACAAAGGGGAUGGAGAAAAUAGCUACCUUCAGAACUCUGAAAAUAGCCAAAAAGUAGCAGCUAUGGCCAAGCCUGCGCUAGAGAACGCUGUUCAGUCUCUAUUUUCCAAAGGUUUCCUCCCAUACCAAGUUCUGAACGUAGCGGAUUUGGGUUGUUCUUCGGGAUCAGAGACAUUUUCUGUGGUGGAAACUGUGAUACAGAAUGUGAAAAUCAAAUGCAAGGAAUUGAAUUGUCAAAUUCCAGAGUUUCAGUUUUACUUGAAUGAUCUAACCGGGAAUGACUUCAAUACGCUUUUCAGAGGUUCGUCAAACUUUACUGAAAAAUAUAGUGAUCUUCAUUGCUUUGUGAUGGGCAGUCCUGGUUCUUUCCAUGGCCGGCUUUUCCCCAAAAACACCAUGCAUCUCAUUUAUUCUUCCUACGCUAUCCAAUGGCUCUCUAAGGUACCAACACUUAGGGACAAAGAAGGGUUUCCAUUAAACAAGGGAAAGAUGUACAUAUCUGACACAAGCCCUCCUGUUGUGAAAGAAGCAUAUCUUGCUCAAUUUCAAGAAGAUUUUGGCUUUUUUCUCAAGUGUCGUUCUCAAGAGAUGAUACAAAAUGGUCGUGUCUUCUUGAUAUUCCAUGGAAGGGUAUCUGAAGAGCACACAACUAAAGAGACUUGCGUCGGUUGGGAACCUUUAACUGAGGCCAUAGCUGAAUUGGUUUCUCAGGGACUGAUUUCUGAAGAGAAGUUAGACUCAUUUGAUGCACCAGAUUAUGUACCAUCGCUACAAGAAGUGAAGGAUAUAGUGGGCAAGGAGGGAUCCUUUGAAAUUGAGGUCCUGGAGACAUUUCCAAUCGAGAUUGGAGAUAAAGAAUUUUGGAGUAAUGAGGAAAUACUUGCUAAAGACAUUAGAUCUUUCACAGAGUCCCUGGUUUCAUACCACUUUGGUGAGGAAAUAGUUGAAAAAUUGUACGCUCAGCUCACUGAUAGUUGGCUACACAAAAAGAACCAAACAAGGGAAGGCAUUCUGCGGAUCCUGCAAGUAAAAAGAGCUGCUGCCGUUGGGAACUUAUAG